GGACUGCAAGACAACGAUCACGUGAGAAACUGGAAAUACCGCAUAUUUCCUGAAUUUACAGCAAUUUGCUCAUCUGAAAUCAACUGAAACCGUCACCUUAGCCGAUGUCUAUUUGUCUGUUUGUGGGGAUAUUGUUAUUUUUCACUUUUCAAGAGUAAUUGUUGGUUGAUUCAAAAUGGAAGACAACACCAGACCAUCUUCGUAUCUCGAUGACCCACCUAAUAGCAGGUUGUUUUUAGUAACAAGCAAAUGUAUCACCGAAGACAAUAUUCGAGAUCAUUUUUCUGCUUUUGGGGAAAUCCAGGACAUAUGGUUGGUAAAAGACAAACAGACAAAAGAGUCCAAAGGAGUGGCCUUUGUGAAAUUCGCCAAAUCCUCACAAGCAUGUACAGCCAUGGAAGAAAUGCACGGGAAAUGUUUGGUUGAAGGAACCAAACCUAUUAAGGUGUUCAUCGCCCAGUCUAGGUCAUCGGGAAGCCACAGAGAUGUAGAAGAUGAGGAGUUAACUCGAAUAUUUGUAAUGAUCCCAAAGACAUUCACGGAGGAAGACUUGAAAGACACGUUCAAGGAGUAUGGAAAUAUAGAGUACUGUAUUAUCAUAAAGAACAAACAGACUGGAGAAAGCAAAGGGCUUGCAUAUGUGCGGUUUCAUAAGCCAUCACAAGCAGCCAUGGCCAUAGAGAACUGUGACAAAACUUAUAGAGCGAUCCUCGCUGAGCCAAGGACCAAAACUUCACCAACAGAAAACGAGUAUUUUGGCAACUCAAGAUCUGAACAUGUGGCCAAUGAAUCAGGAAUGGGUGGCUAUCCUUUUAGUGCAGACAACAGCAACUAUGCAUCAGGGGACGUGUGGAAUAGUGACAUGAUCACCAGAUGUCUGAUGGUGACUUCAAGGGCAGCCAUUACACAGGAGCAGGCCUACAGUCUUUUUGAUCUGAUCCCAGGGAUGGACUAUUGUGAGAUGCAACGAGAUCAGUAUGGGUUCAGCAAAGGACAAGCAAUGAUUCGAUACAACAACCUCGGCUCUGCUGUAUAUGCUAAAGAGAAGCUGAAUGGCUUUGAAUACCCACCUGGAAACCGCCUGGUUGUGACUUACGUUGAUGAUGGGGAAGACAGGACCAGUCCGGUGGGGAAGAUGGCCAUGCAGUUGGUGGCAGCGCAGAUGAUGUCCAUGGUGUGGAAUGGCCCCACUGGGCCACAGCUUAUGAAGACCAGUACGGGUUAUGCUCCACCUGCAACUUCACAAAAGCCUAGAGUUCAGACAGAUGUCAAUCUUCCAUCAAUAAAGAAAAUGGCACCCUCAGACAGCGCGGUCAAAGAACGCCUCUUUGUCAUCUUCAACCCUUCACCACUACCAGUGGACGUGCUGGAAGAUUUAUUCUGCCGUUUUGGAUCUUUGAUUGAGGUGUACCUGGUACCUGGGCGGAAUGUGGGUUAUAUGAAGUAUGCAGACAGGAAGCACGCCAACGAGGCCAUGGCAGCCCUGCAUGGGAAGGUUGUGAACGGGGUGAAGAUGAAGGUGAUGUUGGCUGACCCACCAAAGGAAGAGUCUCACAAACGCCAGAGGACCUACUAAUGUCCAGUGGAGAACUAGGUAAGUCAUCUCCUACGGUAAGAUAUGGUAAUGAAGGCUAAGUUAAUUCAGUUUGCUUAUGUGCAGAAAGAGUUGUUUGCUUUUUUACAGGAUGAUUUUCUCCAGUAUAGUUUUAUUUCUGUGAAAUGUUUUUCCAAGAUCAUUUUCUGCAUAAUGCUGUUAAAUACAAUGUCUUUCUUUCAACGACCACGGGCCCAGCGGACAGAUUCAUUGUACUGGAGCCUUUUGCAGAUAUUAUGGAGCAUUUCUAGCGAUCAUAGACAAAUGUCCAUGGUAAUGCUGUCAUUUUAGCAGAUAGCCUACUGACUACCGUAUGACUAGGGAGUCAUAAAUAGUGCCUGAAACAUGUUCAACAGUGUAAGGAAAUGACUAUGACAUCAUUUUAACUUCAGUAAGUCCAGGUAAUCUUGAUGGAAUGUCAAAGCUUUCUGAUAUGCUAGAGCCAUGGUUCAACCAUGAAAACUAAGAAACUGACCUUUGAUGUAUACUGACCACGGUCUUGCUUUUUAGUCAGUAUGUUUUUUGCUCUUAAGGUCAAUGUUUUCUGCCUUACUAGCAUGAUGACAUAAAACAGCAAACUUUAUGAAUGGCCUCUAUGAAUGUGUAACUAAAUUCCAUGUAACACUAGUAUAGCUUGUACUUGGACUUUAACACAUUGUGGAAGAAGAGAGACAGCAGAAGAAGUGAAACAUCAUUGCUCUUGUAUUAUUCUGAGGUAUAAUGUUUUUCUUCUUCCAGAGAUUUAAGUGACAUGACCUGCUACAUGACUGGACGGACAUAAACGAUGACACGACCUCUAGCUACGGACAGUGACUUCCAUACUUUUUUUGUUCUUGAUGAUGCUCAUAGCAGUGAUAGGAAUUUUUAUAUUAAGUUAUCAGUGUUUAAAUACAAUAUAGAAAAGAAAACACAAGAAGAGUCCACCAUAGUAUUUAGUGUCAUAUGGAUUUGUAUAAAAUACGUGUAGAGGUAUAUAUAUUGUCCAUUGUGUGUGUUCUUAAUAAAAAAAUAAAAACACA